AUGGAUACGCAGCCAGAAACGUCAAACACCAACAUGCCUGGAAUUUGCAGUCCGUCAAAAUGCACGGGAACAACGGAGAGCCCAGUUGUCCAACCAACAGUCAUCGCCGUCAAAAUUGACUCAUCUACGGCCGAGCUAUCUGACGAACGGACGGAUAGCGGAGACCUCCAGACGGACUCCGGCUGGGCCUGGGUGAUUUUGUUUGGAGCUUUUCUUGUUAACUUCACUGCGAUCGGUUCUGUGGCGUCUUUAGGUGUGUUUCUUACAGUUUGGAUGGAGUCUUUUGAUGCGAGCGCUGCAUCCGUGAGUCUAGUGGUUGCUCUUGGCUCACUAAUGAGGGGACUUCUUAGUCCCGUAUCAGCAGCACUCAGUGUCAAGUUUCAGCCUCGGUGGAUGAUAAUGAUGGGCGGGGUCAUUGCGGUAGGGGGAAACAUUAUGUCGUCACAAGCCACGUCUGUUGAAAUGUUAAUGGUCAGCAAUGGUUUAGUUACCGCGCUAGGCUCCAGCAUGGCGUUCGUGUCUACGUUUGCGAUGCUGACAACAUACUUCAAAAAUAAAUACACCUUCGCUGCUGGGGUUGCGUCUGCGGGUAUCAGCGCUGGUCAACUGGCGUUCCCCCCUCUGUAUACUUUCCUGAUUGAGCAUUACGGAUGGCGGGGUGCGAUGCUCAUUGUAGCGGGGGUAACAGCGAAUGUUCUAAUAGCUGGGGCGCUUAUGCGGCCAAAGACCGGUCAGAGCGGGAAAGCAAAACUUAGUGAAGAUGUCGUGAACUCUGAGAUAAUUAUUAAUGAAAAAUACUUUGGCGAUUAUGAGGAGGACAGUGAAUAUGGUUUGAACAGUAAUUCAAUCAGUGUGGGAGCCGAUGCGAACUCAAAUGAUGUGUCCAUCAGUUUGGACUAUGGAUAUGACAAUGAAGCUUAUGAUCACGAUCAUAGCGUUGAAACAACAUCUGAAAUGAACACCAAUCUUGCCUGCUCGAGUCGCUCCAGCAUGUCAGCCAAAAGCACCGAAGCCGAAAUGAUCAACACUGAAACAUCAAAAUGUCGGACACCCGAGUUUUGCGGCAAAUUGAAAUUCUUCAUAUUAGAGACAUACGGAUUGAGACGUCUGGUGCACAACAAGAUGUAUUACGUCUUAGGAAUCAUAACCUUAUUUCAGGGAUACGGCAAUUUAACCGUUGUGUAUGCAGCAGCUCGAGCCCAGCUUGUGGGAGUCGACCCUGAACUGGCUUCUCUACUACUCUCAUUGAUAGGCGCUGGGAGCAUGUUUGCUAGACUAACACACGGUAUGGUUAUUGAUAAGGGAUAUUUAUCAGCCACCGUUGCCCACGCCCUUGCCCUCAUUAUCUUCUGUGUGUCUGUUUCUAUUGUCCCGGCGUUCGUCACCUUCACUCCUCUGGCCAUCGUAGCCGGUGUGACGGGCCUUGCUCUCGGUACAGUCGGCAACCUAACCACGGUGAUCGCACGGUCUAUCGUACAGCCAACAGACACCGUGGGAGCUGUAGGGGUUGUUUUCUUCAUCUGGAGCCUCGGUGAUGUUUGCGGAUCAUUCUUUACAGGUUUGGUGUUUGACAUCACCGGGAGUUAUGACUUUGCUUACAUCAUUGGUGGCGCUGUUCUCUUGACUGCAUCAAUCCUGACUGUCGUGUUGCAUCUACUCCUCAGGACCGCACAGAAACGUACAUCGGAGGCACUCUGUGUUGACGAAAAGGACCAGCCAAUACAACCAGAGAGAACAAUAAUAGAUUAACAUUGGAGACUAGA